GUUUUCACUUCAGAGGUGAUUUCCUCCAAAAGUGUAAAUGUAUAAAGCCUUUUCUGCUUUGAUGAACACGACCAUUCUUAUCUAAUCUAUUGAUUUAUAAAAUCGAUGAGUUUUGAUAACAAUAAAUUCAGACAAUAUGGGGAUGGUAAUAGAAUUGGUGCUUCUGAGUGGCUUGAUCAUAAUAUUCAUUGCUUCUUUCUGCGGAUUAUUGCAGAAGAUUAGACGAACGUACGAACAAGACAGAGAGUAUACAGCAAGGAUUACAAAUGUGUCAUCACCACAACUUUCACUUACUGAAAUUUACAUAAAUCCAACGUUCACUGAAAACACUGAAAAUCACUCAGUGAGUCAGGGAGUGUUUCCUUGUGCCCCCCCUCCAUAUACAGAAGAAUACUGUGAACCACCUCCGAAAUAUGAGGACAUCAUCAAAAACCAAGGCUUCAGGGUGCCAGUGCACGAUAGCAAUUGAAUAGAUAAGAAAAGAAUGGUGAAAUAAUUGAGUAACUUUUCUUCAUGAAGAAUGAAACCAUCGAAGUACUGAUGCACUUUGCUCAAUUUGCUUUAAUUUAAUAUUAAGCUAAUUAUUUUGUGUUUAUUUUUGUAAUACAAGCCGCUAACACAAUUUUUUGACGCAAAUAGACAUGCAGCUGGGCAGAAAUAAUGACUAAAAAUAACAAAUUGUAACAAAGCUCUUGUGGCGAAGAUGGAAAAUAAUGUUGAAUGUCAAAAAUUGUGUUCAAGGUUUAUUGACUAGGAUUUAUUACAUUCGUUUGCUUUAUCUUUAUCAUUCGACAUUUAUUUUUUGAAAUGAUGUGUGCGAAACUGUUUCACUCAUUUGAUGAUAUUGGAUUAAUUGUGUUGCUGUUCGAAAAGAAUUUGUUUGUAAAGGCUUUAUAUAUUUAUGUUUUAUCUGUGCUAAACCAACUUGAGUAUUUCACAAUGUAAUGAAAUUGUAUAAAUAAUGGAAAUAAAUGUAAUAUAACACAAUA